AUGCAAGGCCUCAAAAAGACUACGAAGGAGAAAACUGCACCUGCGGCUUCAACAGCAUCGUCGCGGGAAAAACGACAGCAGGAGUACAGCAUUGACUACGAGGCCUACCGCCACUUCGCCUUUUUUGCGGGCCUUUUGCUGCGGGCAAACGCUCCCAAGCCGACGAGCGCAGUGGACCUGGUCAAGUGGUACCUCACGGAGAAGGCUUACUGCGUUCCCAGGGAUUUGUCGCGACCUCUUGUUCCCAACGUGUAUACUACUUUAGUUCAUAAUCUUAUCUUGGACUCUUGCGUGGAGGUCGCCCAAGACUCAGGAGAAGAUGGUCACCUUAAGCUGCUCCCUAACAAAUAUUUUCUGCUGUGGGCGUGGAAAGAUUUCGCUUUAGACUUCGACGUCCGCAUGCGGGCGACCCCUUUUUGA